UCCUUUGUGAUAUUCAACAGUUCGUAUCCCAAGGGGCACGAAACCAGCUUGGUGGUAAUGCCUGGUGCGGACAACACGUUCAUUUGUGACAGAGGCACGGGUGAGGGUGGGUAAAUGGAAGUGAAUAGGCUACCUGUUCUAGAGAGAGAGAGACCUGUCUGUGGUGGAGACGUCCUUCGCCAUUUAUUUUCAGUUGACGUCGUCGUCUGCUGCACGGCGGUUACCUUGCGCGUGACGCAGCGACAACCUCACCUGUCCGGCCGCAGCACACUUUCGGUGUAAACUGCUCAGGUGUGUGGAGAGAGUGUUCAUCGCCACCAGCACCAGGUGAUUCGCAACUGCAUCGCUGGCACCUGCGUCGAUGGCGACUUGAACUUUCUUCGGGUGGCAACGGGGUGUGAGGAGACUCCGAGCAAUCGUAUCCAGGUUAUCUUGAUAUGUGCAGUUGUGUUACUGGUGAUGGUGGUGUUUGAACAAUACAUACCACGAUGCGGACAUUCUAUCCGCGCAUGCGCUGAGGACGUGAGAAACAAGUGCACGUGGGGAGGUCCUUUCCUUUGUCAUCCGUCGACGAUGAUUUCUUGGUCUUCAACGAAGAGGUCGAGGAGCUGACGGGAGGUUUCCAGGACAAGAAAGUGGUUGUUCUAGAGUGCUCGCAUUUACAACAGCAGUUACACAGGCUGUCCACCCACACGUUGUAUUGAAACCCAGAAACGCAGCCACGGAGCUCGGGUAGACAGGACAGGCUGCUGUCCCUUGCUCCCUGCCGACACCUGUACACCGCCACACAUCAAACGCUGGCAGGUCACACCCGGGGUGCAGGGCAUCGAGAGAGGAGCGGCUUGCUGACUUGAUGAAAUAAUAAAACAGGACGAACGCGAAUAAGAGACCACGUGACCCCGUCCCUUCCACCUUCCACACAGAUACAAGGGGAAUUCUCUUUCAAUCUUCUUCGUGGUUAGAUGUUCUAGCUCCUGGCUUUAUCCAAUCGUGUGCCUCGUAUUAAAAAACAAAACUACAUCAGUUUGGUGGAAGUCUUGCUCGAGUUUCCACCUGCUCUUCGCCGCCGAAAGGAUUUCCGUAAGGCGGGUUAGCUAGGCAGGAAGGGAAAGAACUCGGCCCGAACCAUGGCCCAAAUCGAAAGGAAGGUCCGCUUCCUGGGAAUCUGGCACGAGAACGUCAUCACGGACACCACCAUGCGUCAGAUCAUCGCACGCGCGCACGCGGAGAAAGGUCAGAAGGCGCGCCUGCGUCUGACUCCCAAAGGUCUGAGCGUCAGCCGCACGGUGGUGUUCCAGGAGCAGAGUCUGACGGCCUUCCCGCUGCACAACAUCUACUUCCUGACACUCAACCAGCGCCACCCCACGUGUCUGCUGUGCAUCGUGGCCGACCCCACCCGCAAGUACGGCAUCGUCGCUGUCAAGGCUGCCACCGUGCUGGACGCGCAGCAGAUCAUCGACACAUUCAACCGCCUCAAGAAUGACCCCACCCUGCAGCCUGGAAAUGUCGUGCUCAGUCGCAAAGAGGACGGCAACUGGACACUGCGGGAUCGCAGCGUUCACAACGUCAACCGCCACCUGACGGAGGUCUUCCACGAAUCCCCGCCGGGCACCCCGGUCAUCGGCACUAUCUCCAACGGGGAAGUGGUGGGGUACUCCCGACCCACCAACCCACCCGUUCUCAACCACGAGGGGGAGAUGCUAGUGGCGCGAACAUCCUCGGGAGGGUUCGGUUAUGGAAGCAGGAUGUCCACUUCCGGCGGAAGUCAAAACGGGGAUCUGACAGACAUCCGGAACGAGGUAGAGCAUCUGUCGCGGGAGCUGCAGGACAUCAGGGUUAUGGUGGAGCGUGGAGGAAGCCGCAGAGAGUCGAGCAGCAGCAAGCACAUGGAGGAUGGGUCUCACUACAUCUCAUCGGAAGUGCGAGCCAUGGGAGGCGACUUGCAGCGGAACGGGAGGAUACCGACCGACGAGUGGAUCGAAAGCAGGCCUGGGGAGGCGAGAGUGGUGGUGACAGACCACCGAAAAGGAACACCAACAACAUCAACAGCAGGAGUGGUACAUGCCCACGGCGGGGGUAACUUGACCCUGGCUAAUGGUCGGAUGUAUCGCCAGAUUACUGUCCCGGAGGCUUUGCCGCGCGACGACCGCGACCCGGCUUCGCCCACCGACACCAUCGUCUCCGGGCACCACAGCCACUACGAGGACGUCGACCAGACGUUCAUGUCGCUGCCCUCGGCAUACUCCGUGCGGCGCCGCGUCUCCCCCGAGCGUGUGCCGGUUCCGCAGGACAAGGAGCGGAAGUGGUCCGCUUCCUCCUCCAUCGCCUCCUCACGCAUGGGCAGCGGGCACGUGACCUUCAACCCCGCCGUUUACCAUCAUGGCCGCGAGAGCAAGUCUCGCACGUUGCGGUACAAAGCGGGGCUGUCCGUGCCCUCCACCGUGGUGAGGCCCAUCGAGGAGACCUACCGGCUUCCCAAGAACGCCACCUGGCGGCGCCAGCAGCACGUCUACGUCGUCCCGGACGCACAGGGCCACCUGGUGGUGACCCCUGCUGCUGGGGUCGUGCCUGGCCGACGGAUGCGUCCAGCCAGCGUACACGUCAUGCAGGGCAACGGCCUGAGAGUGUUCGACGAGCGGGAAGAACUCGACGACGCCUUCCUCUGAAAGACCUGGACAAGGGGAGGGAGGGAGAGGAUUGUGGGAUGGGGGUGUGGGGGUGGGGGUGAGAAGUGUUUGGAAGAGUGAAUGUUCCUGAGCGACAGAUUAAUGACUGGCAAGGUACAGGUGCACUUCACUUCGUCACAACAGAUCGUUGUUAUGAACUAUUGACCCUGGCAGUUUGAGUGAUCCCGAGACGAUUCACCUGAGAUUUAUUUAAUGGUCGUUGAACUUUAUCAGAUGGCGAGGACAGGAACAGAUGUGAACAGUGUGGCUUCGACUUCUGAAACUUUAGACCGUCUUAUGUUUACGGGAGAGUUGAAGCCUCGGCCAUGGGAAGCAGUUGACCAAAAGCUACUUUGGAUGCAUUCAUGUCCCUCUGUUUACUAUUUACACGUCUGAUGAAUGUUUUGUAAACAACAGGGCGUGAUUCUCCUCAGUUAUCUCUGGUAUUGCUGUCCCCUUAGUUUACAUGGCUCCUGGAACCUCGAGACCUUAUCUUUAUUUUGUAUCUUAAGCCUCGUCUCUUUUGUUAUCUUCUGCUUAUGUUUGUCGGUGAUUUUUGUUUGUUUGUUUGUUUGUGUGUGUGUUUCAUGUUGCAGUAAACACUGAAUAUCUGUUUCCAUAUUACUCAACUUUGUUCGUCACUUAAACAUGGCUUUCAAAUGUUAAACAAACUUGUUUUCAACAACUUAAUUUGUAAUUUAAACUAACAAUUUUCUUUACUAAUUCUUCUUAUUAUUCCAUUCCACCGACACGUGAGAUGUGGUCAGAAAUAAGAAAUGUUGACAGAGGUUGGCCACGUGAAGGUAAAUAAACAUGUUGAUUGUGGAGACAAAGAUGAAGGAGAUAAACUGUAACAGUUGAUGGAAUUACUUUGCUUGAUGACUCAUCUACCUCGCCUUUACACAUCUGAAGACUGUCUUGUAGUUAUGUAUUGUGUAACUUGUAAGUAAAUGUGAAAAUGAAUAAAUGUAAUAUAAUCAGAAUCUUGAA